CAGAAAAUGGAUGGAGGUCGAGUCUACAUGGCAUUACAGCGCAGACUGAUCUCGGAACAACUGACUGAACAAGCAAUGAAGCUCUGCAGCGCCGACGCAAUUCCAAACAAUCUGAAUAAAAAAGCUGACCCAAAUACGCCGCCCAAAGGAAGGUUUAGACGUAGGAUUGAACAGUCCGACUUACCUCCUCCAGUCAUUGACAUUAAUUGCAGAUCCGCGCAGGCAGCCAGCUUCGAAUCUCGGGAAACACAAAGGCUCUGCAUUUGGUAGAAAAAGGCAGAAAACAGCGAGGAUCAGGCAAAUUAACGGGAUUUGAAGAAGCGGCGAUUAGUCUAUCGACAGGGACACGCGGGGCAUUUCACUUAACAGAGCUGCAGAGAGCCAUCUCAUCUUCUCACAGUGGGGGAAUUCCAACCACCGCUUUAAAAGAGGGAAAAAUGAAUCGGCUGUUGUGACCGGAAGGGUCAGACGACAGGCUCUGUUACACAGACAUCUGAGAAGAUCUUUUGAUGGACAAGACAGAUACCAAGGAAAGUUAAUCUUUUUAUAGACUUGGAUUGUUAAAAUCAAAUCUAUCUUUCCCUCUACCAGCAGAUGCCAUUUUUGUGCUUGUUCCUAUGUGUCACUCACUUUGCACCUUGGAGACUGUGGACAUGCUCCAGCAGAACAAUAACAACAAUUACUUGUGCUUCGAAGCGGGGCUUAGUAGGAGGAAAAUUAUCUUAGCGAGCUGCAGUCGAGGCAGCGGUGGAAAAGGAGGAGGAGGAGGAGGAGGAGGAGGAGAUGGCAGCACCCAUCACCGGGACAUUCCCCUGCAGGCCGUGUUUAAGAGCAGUUUUGGUUUUCAGUACCAGGCUCACAAGAUAAAGGCUUUCAGAAGCAAGGGGGGUAAUAAUAUCUACAACAAUGGAAAGAACAAGACAGGAGCUCAAAAGAAACAACGUCAGCCCUGCCUGUCAGCUCCAGAUAGGAUUACAACCGGAAAGACAGGUUCUGUUUCAAAUUCUUUAGCGAAGGUACCCGCAAAUCAGAAAAUUAGUAUCACCAAGUCCCAGGAAGGAGAGAAUGGCACAAGUCUGAGAACAGAUCUCGGCGUGUGGAGAAGAACAGGAAACGCCAACCAGACAGGGUCAGCGGUAACUAUAGCAACUUUACAAACUUCCGCACUGAGCCAACUGCAGUCGGGGAAAACAGAAGAGAACUCCAGACUGCAUUCCAAGGAUGGAUAUGAACACAUGACUGGGAAAGAGGACAGCAGGACUGUUGUUUCUCCCACUUCAGUUCUGACACUAGAGGAGGAAAGAAGAGACGACUUACCUGAAACAAAGGGGACUCGCUCAGAACUCCGCAGAAAUGCCGAGAUUUCUCCAAAGGACAACAAGACAGGCACAGAGAAACUGAAACCUGAUCUGCAUCCUUCUGGAAACGUAGAUAUGAAUGAACUGGACGGUACCUGUGAUGUGCUUCAAAACACCAAAAUGCAUUUUGAAGGAAGAAGGUGGGCUGACACUUCUGGGUCACAGACAGAUGGCUUGUACAAUGCAGCUAAAAGUGAAAUUGAAGGAUCUGCAUGCCCUGAAGGUAUGUGCUAUCAGUGUGACAAGGGCUCGGCCCCAGAUCCCGAAGAAAUGACUGACAAAACAAUACCUGCCUCCCAAUUGCAUGUCGAAGCUGAAAUGGCUUCCGCAGUGCAGAGGAAGACAAGCAAAGAAGGUGGACAAAUGCGCUCAAAAGCAGAGGAACCAACAAGUAAGCUUGUGGAGCUUUGGACGCACACAGGAAUGAUACAUGAAACUGCCGAGAAGCACACCGAGAAUCAUCAAAGCACUGAUAGGCAGAGCUGGACAGAAAAGGCUUGUGUGAGUCCAGUGGGCACAAAACAAUGUCCAGAGACGUGCUGUAGCCUGACUCCACAUUGCAAGGCUGGAAAUCAGAACGCAGUACCAACUAGUAGUGGUGGGGCUAAACUGUCUGAUGUCAUUGCCAAAGACAUAAUAGAGCCGGGUGAAGCCAAGUGUAAAAUGGGGUGGCAGGCAAUUUUUAAUCAGUUUACUACCACAGAGCAAAGCGUGGAAGAGAAAACCAGCAUUGCUGCAGUGCCAAAUGAUUCCCAUUGUUUUGUACCUGCUUGGAAAGGCUCAUUGACAACAGAAGGACCAGCGGAAUUCAUUCCGGGAGCCAGAGGUGAGGUACCGGACGCUGUGUCUGCACAGGAGCAACAUGAUGAAGGAACACACACAGACUUCCUUUCAGUAUCUUUACAAAAUCAGAGUUUCGACGGUCCCACUGCGGCGCCGCUGAAUCUGGCAGGCCAUGUAACUAUGGCAACUCUUCCAUCUCAGAAAGACCUGCCAACGGAGGUGAAAGGUCACGUUGCACUUGGCACAGAGCUGGAGAUUAGUAAUCAGGGAAGUUCCUGGGCUAAUGAUGGGGUAAGCCCGAGUAUUGAUCUGUCGGAGGAAGAUGAUGAAUUCGGCCUUUUCGAAAAGGCAGGGAAUCGCCAGCACUGGGAUGAAUGUUUUGCGGAAUUUAACCAAAUGCCUUAUGGGAAGGAAAGUGGUGGUCCUCCAGUUGAUUCCUCAAACACAUUGGAAGAGAGUUGGACGGCAUUUUCCUGUGAAGAUGGCCGUGAGAGCUGGAAUUCUGACAAAUGGACGCAGCAGCAAACAGAUGACCAUGGCCAGUGGUGGGCUGCCAGUGCUGUGGAGGAUUCCUGGACGCAGAGCAAAGAUCUGUCCUCCCUGUUUCAGAUCUGUUUCCCUUCUGUUUCGCCUCAGUCUGCUGACCCAGAGGAGGUCUUUCCGCUGCACCAUACCUUGAACAGGAGAUCUCAGAAGGAAAGCAAAGAUGAAAACAGGCAGGAAGUCCAGCUGUGGGAGUGUCUCCAAGAGAUCCAUGAAGCAACUGGCUUGAAGCACAAGUGGGCAGGUUCUGUGGCCCAAAAGGUUUUGCAGCAUUCUCUUCAUAUUCUCCCGGCCAGUAAGAAAAAUGAAACCCAGUCACAACCAAGUGGGAGCAGCCCCCCUCAUCACCUGAAAACGUCAUAUCAGCAGUCACCAUGUGAAUGGCAGACCUGGGCAAAAGCUGCCUUUGACAUCAACAGGAACUUGCUGGCUUGAAUUCUCCUUCUCUGUCUUAUUUUCUAUUCUAAUCUUCUUGCAAAAUUUAAAAUAAUGAGCGAUUUUAUUUUUGUACUGUAUAUGGAAACUUACUCAGCAAAGACUAUUGUCACAAUAGGCUGGAAGCCUGUUGUUAGACUGAUGGCGGUGGAGGAGACAUGUCAUACUAGAAGGGGGGAAGAUCUAUAGAAGCCCUUUAACCUUUCCGAUUCACUCCGGCCCCUGGGUCAAAACCAGCCAGUCUGCUCUAAAAAAAAAAAAAUGAAGCACGCUCUCUGUUGUGUGAAUUUCAGUUUUAAGGUACUUCUGUUUUCAGUCUGCAGUGGAGGAUUCUGUCCAAGGCAGGGAGGACUGAGCUAUGUGCAUUCGAGCCAAUUGCAUAGCCACCAUUACAAACACAAAUUGAUGGUAUAUAACAUUGCAUAUUUCCUUUUAAGAUUAUGUAAAAUGGGAACAAACUGACCUGUUGGGAAUGUGUGUAAUGGUAGCGUCUGGACGUGUGUUUCUCAUAAGAGGAUUUCUACAAUGUGAGUCACCCAAAAAUUCAUAAUGUUUGGUAUGACAUUUAGCAAAAAGAAAAAUAAGUACAUGGAUUCCAUUUAGAAUAAGAAAUUAUAUAAUUAGCACAGAGUGCUGUUUUUCUAAAAAAAAAAAACAAAAAGGAAAAAAAAUAUACUUUUACCAGGACCUUUCUAGAUGCAGGCUUAUUUUUAUGAAGAACAAUCCCGUUUCUUAUUCACUGCAGACCAGGAGGUCCUCAGCUUUGGUCUUCUAGGCCCACAGUGGCUGCAGGUUUUUGUUCCAACCUAACUUCUGAAUCAGAAGCCCAUCCUUACUAAUAAGAGAACUUGUUAUUUAAUUCUAUGGCUUUUAUUCGGCCGUGUCAGGUCAUUCUUAUAUUGUAGGGUUUUCCUUUCCAAACUUAUCAUGCAAAUGAUUUGUGGCCCAGAAGGGAUUAAUAAUUCUAAAUGUUCACUUUCUUCUCUUUUGUUUUUUUCCAUAUAUUCUAUUAAACAGACACCAGAUGAGAACAAGUCAUUCGACCCAGCAAGUUUGCCAAUCCUACUCACUUAAUUUCCACAAAAUAAAAAGUGGAAUUUUUAAAGUCCCUAAAGUCUGUCUAACUCAGAGGUUCUCAAAGCGCUGAAGCUGUACAAGGGGGGGGUGUCGAAUAAAUGAACAAGGCAUCAAAAUUAAUUUUUUACAUUUUUA